AGUUCUAUGCACUUCAUUUCAGAAUCUUAUUUCUUAAUCCUAUAAAUACUUUCAUAUAUAUUGUCAUAGAAUAUAGUUUCAUCUAUUCACCUUAACACUAAACAUCAAAAUCUCAUUUUCAAAACGUUAAAUUCUCAGAGGACAAGACUUGAUAUGGCUACUGGAAUUAUGGAGGUCAUGCUAGUGAACGCAAAGGGUCUUGGAGACACCGAUUUUAUUGGUGACAUGGAUCCUUAUGUGCUGAUUCAAUACAAAGGCCAAGAACGAAAGAGCACCGUAGCCCGAGGACAAGGUAGCAGCCCAUCAUGGAAUGAAAAAUUCAGCUUCAGAGCAGAUUAUCCAGGUUCUGGAGAUAACUUCAAGAUCACCUUCAAAAUCCUAGACAAGGACACAUUUUCCACUGAUGAUUUCAUAGGCCAAACUACGAUCUAUGUUAAGGAUUUAUUAGCAUUUGGAGCUGAGAAAGGAACUGCUCAACUACAUGCUAGCAAAUACCGAGUGGUCGACGCUAACCAAAAAUAUCGUGGAGAGAUUCAAGUUGGUGUAACUUUUACUCUCAAGGAAGAACGUGACAAUGGAGAGAGGUACGGAGGAUGGAAAGAAAGCAAUUUUUAGAUUCCCUUAAAUUAUUACCUUAUAGAUAUAUAUUCAAAACUUCAUUAAUUUGAGUUUAUUUUCUUCUGUAUUAUUCUUUUAUUUAUUUGUGAAUUUGUCUUAUUAGGUUCUCUUUGUAAUUAGUUUCAAGAAAUGAUCCUUCUAAUUGUAAUGACAUAGAUUUCGUUAUCA